GGUGUUCUGUAGUGAUUGAAGAUUUAUAUUUAAUGCCCUAUCUCAUCUUUUAUGCCAGUGUUUAUAAACUAAAAAUGUGCAAUCUUAAGAGCUUGUUGAUAUAAGUGAUAACCUAUAAUUUUAACUUUUAUGUUAGCUGUACAACCGAUAUUUUGACAGUUCUCAAAUAGGAUAGUAAAAUAAGAUGGUUAUCAGGAGACAAACCGAUCCGAUUCACGUUAAAAAUGUAUGGAAUGCAAUCAGAACAGCAAACUACAACAGGGUAUCUGCGGAUGUUGGGAAAAUUACAAAAUAUUUGCAAAGUAUAGAUGAUUAUACACCUGAACAAGUAGAAUUAUAUAUAAAGCAAAUUCUUAGUGAUAAAUUGAUUGCGCCUGUUAAAAAAAUUGAUCCAUCUAGUCCUCAUCAAAUAUACAAAAUUCCCAUACAAGAUGAAUCGUUUCAGAUUACAUUUGAUGGUAAGGACUGGUAUUGCUUUGAGUGCCAUUUAGCAGGCGACGUUAUUGAAUGUACAAACUGCUUUCGGGUAUUUCAUCAAAAAUGUAUCACUUCCGGAAUGAAAAGAUUUGAAGAGCAAAGGACAUGUACAGACUUUUCAGUUCAGAAUAUAACCCGAUUUGCAACCGAAGCCACAGAACCUUCUGGAUCGUCCUCUAGGGCAGUUACAAUCAUUGACGAAGAAGAACCAAGAAAAGGUACUUCAAAUGUUGUAGAUAAAAGUAAAUUGGCAUUUGAUAGUAAAUUAUGUUCAAUAUGUAACUUACAAAGAAUUGAUACAACAUCUUCAAUGGGUAAAAGUGAGAUUAAUUAUCUAUUGAAAUUUGUAUUGCACAGGAUUAGAGCUUGGCUUCCGAAUACUAUAACUCGAACGAUAGCAGCUGAAGACCAUCCCGAUUGGUUGUCAGAUAGUGAGUUGACAUGGAGAGCUAAUCAACUGUUUUGUGAACAUACAGAUAUGUCUGUGAUUGAAGUUAAAUUAAAUACAGAAACUUAUACUAAACUUGCCGAUUUUCUGGGAGACGUAUUAACAAUUUACCAUAAUGUAACAAUAUUUCAUGGAACGAAAUCACAAGAAUUUGGUGCUGCAGAGCUAAUGCUUAGAGAUACCUUAUACGAUCUUGCCGAAAUGAGGAACUGUUUCGAUUGUUAUAAGCACAGUAAUGAAAAAUGUUGUGCGAAAUGGUUCUGUCUACCCUGCAGAGUACCCCAUAAAUUAGUUUGGGCGAAACAAAAAGGUUACCCUUAUUGGCCAGCAAAAGUUAUGAGAAUUAAUGAUAAUAAUUAUGAUGUGAGGUUUUUUGGUGGGAAAUACGAAAGAGCCCUGCUUACAAAAUCUUUAAUAAAACCAAUAGAUGUUCCUAAAGACAAUUUAAUGAUCAAAGAAUCGAAUGCUUUCAAUAAAGCUUUCAAUGAACUGAGGUAUCAUCAAAGAUUAUUGCGUGAUCCAGUGGAAUUGGAAAGAUUAUUAGCAGAGUCUAAACCGAAACGCAAGUUGUUGUAUAAACCGAAAUCAAUUACACCUAAAACACAGGUUCCUAAAAAAUCAAAAACUAUAAAAACAUCGGUCAAUAGUAAACAGACGAAGAAUUCCAAACCUACUACGUCAAAAAAAUCUUUGGAUACUUCUACACAAGUUUCCAAAUUGGGUUUGAGUCAUGGAUCGCAUAAAAGAAAACGUCGCGAAAAAGAGAGUGAUUUUAUUCAUGUAGAAGGUAUUGAAGAAAGGAAACGUAAAGUAUCUUCAGAUGUAGAAGCAAAUUCUACAUUUAGCGGAAACAAUGUGAUAGAUAUUUCAGAUGGAGAGAUAGAAGACUGCGAAGAAUAUUCCUAUAGGCACAAUAAUUCCGCGGAAUCUUUUAGUCUAGACGAAUCAUUCGAACAAGUAACAAGUUCAACAGAAAAUUUUGGAAAAAUGUUAUCGCCUAAAAGUGAAUCCGGAAUGCAGCCACUAGAUCAGCCCUAUAGUGAUUCGGUGGAAAAGAUGAGAAGAAAAUUGGAAUGCCUUCCUAAUAAAAAGGAAAUUAUCAAAUGCGCAAUGGAUUGUAUGCAAAUUGAAAUCGAUAAAAUAACCAACGAUCAUAAUGAACAUUUAAAAAGACUGUUUGAAUCGCACAAUCAACAAAUAUCAGAAACUAAAAAGAAACAGUGGUGCUACAAUUGUGAACAAGACGCUAUCUAUCACUGUUGUUGGAAUACAGCUUAUUGUUCCCAGACGUGCCAACAGCAACAUUGGCAAGCGGAACAUAAAAAAGUGUGCAGACGUAAACGUUAGAACACUACGAACCUGGCAUAGUUUUAGAAAAACUAACUGAUUUAUUUUUUAACAAGUUCGACCACUUUUUUUUGAAAAUUCCAUCCCAAAAAUGGCUGCUAUCUUAACUCGAAACUGAAAAAAAUUGAUAAUUUGAUUUUAUUAAGAAAAUUUAAUAUUAAUAGUCUAACAUGUUGAAAGAUAUACAACACAAUUUCUUUUUAAUCAUUCAUAUUAUAAAAAUUGGACAAUUUUCACUAUUUUAGAUCGAAAACUGUUGGUUUCUUUCUGUUAUAAAUGAUCGAAGCUGUUAAAUGGGCAAUGGAACAUUGGUUCUGCUUUUUUGGACCGGUAUCAAGUUUCAUGGGUUAUUUUUGUUUUUUCGAAUAGAUACGACAUAUCUAUUAUAUAUAUUUCUUUUAUAUCACAUACUCUAUUCAUUUUUUGGUAUUCGAACUGAAAAUGUAGGUACGUACCUCUACUAAAGUAAAAUGAUCGAAUUUUUUAUUUUAUUUUAAUGAUUCUAUAGGCAAAAAUACAUGUACAAUGUACGUUUUUUUAAUUAAGAUUGUUUAAAAAAGAAAAAAAAUAGUUUUGUUUAUUUUAUUAUUAUUGCUACUGAUUACUUGUAAUUAUAAUCACGAAAUUGUA